AUGGCGGAGCUGCGGCCUAGCGGCGCCCCCGGCCCCACCGCGCCCCCGGCCCCCGGCCCCAGUGCCCCUCCGGCCUUUGCCUCGCUUUUUCCCCCUGGACUGCACGCCAUCUACGGAGAGUGCCGCCGCCUCUACCCCGACCAGCCGAACCCGCUCCAGGUCACCGCUAUCGUCAAGUACUGGUUGGGCGGUCCAGACCCCUUGGACUAUGUUAGUAUGUACAGAAACAUGGGGAGUCCUUCUGCCAACAUCCCGGAGCACUGGCACUACAUCAGCUUUGGCCUGAGUGAUCUCUAUGGAGACAGCAGAGUCCAUGAGUUUACAGGAACAGAGGGACCUAGCGGUUUUGGCUUUGAGUUAACAUUUCGUCUGAAGAGAGAGACUGGGGAGUCUGCCCCACCAACAUGGCCAGCAGAGCUGAUGCAGGGCCUGGCCCGAUACGUGUUCCAGUCAGAAAACACCUUCUGCAGCGGCGACCACGUGUCUUGGCAUAGCCCUUUGGAUAACAGUGAGUCAAGAAUCCAGCACAUGCUGCUGACAGAGGACCCACAGAUGCAGCCUGUGCAGACCCCCUUUGGGGUCGUUACCUUUCUACAGAUUGUGGGUGUCUGCACUGAGGAACUACACUCAGCCCAGCAGUGGAAUGGGCAGGGCAUCCUGGAGCUUCUGAGGACAGUACCCGUUGCCGGCGGCCCGUGGCUGAUAACGGACAUGCGGAGGGGAGAGACCAUAUUUGAGAUCGACCCACACCUGCAACAGGAGAGAGUUGACAAAGGCAUCGAGACAGACGGCUCCAACCUGAGUGGCGUCAGUGCCAAGUGUGCCUGGGAUGACCUCAGCCGGCCUCCCGAGGACGACGAGGACAGUCGGAGCAUCUGCAUCGGCACGCAACCCCGGAGGCUCUCUGGCAAAGACACUGAGCAGAUCCGAGAGACCCUGAGGAGAGGACUGGAGAUCAACAGCAAACCUGUUCUUCCACCAAUCAACUCUCAGCGGCAGAAUGGCCUCACCCAUGACCGGGCCUCGAGCCGCAAAGACAGCCUGGAGAGUGACAGCUCCACAGCCAUUAUUCCACACGAGCUGAUCCGCACACGGCAGCUUGAGAGUGUACAUCUGAAAUUCAACCAGGAGUCAGGAGCUCUCAUUCCUCUCUGCCUAAGGGGCAGGCUUCUGCACGGACGGCACUUUACCUAUAAGAGUAUCACAGGUGACAUGGCCAUUACGUUUGUCUCCACGGGAGUGGAAGGUGCCUUUGCCACUGAGGAGCAUCCUUACGCGGCUCACGGACCCUGGUUACAAAUUCUGUUGACUGAGGAGUUUGUAGAGAAAAUGUUGGAGGAUUUAGAAGAUCUGACUUCUCCUGAGGAAUUCAAGCUUCCCAAAGAGUACAGCUGGCCUGAAAAGAAACUCAAAGUCUCCAUCCUGCCCGACGUGGUGUUCGACAGUCCAUUGCACUAGCCUGGGCUGGGCCCUGGAGGGGCCAAAGGGAGCCCAGCUGCUCCCAGUGUGACAACUGACUGCGUCAAGGAGACUCCCACAAAUAAAAGGACAAAUGUGAGGAUGAUUGCACAGUGCCACGCCACAGCCUGAGGGAAUGCCUACACGGGCCCCAGGCCCCACCUCACCUCUGGCGCGCAGGGGCCUCGCCCUCAGUGGGCCAAGCCCAUGUGACCAGGCCCUCAUGCUAAUGGGCCAGUGAGCUGGCACCUGUAAGCCCUCCCACCUGCAGCCACCACAAGUCCUUGCUGGAAGUUUGACUGUGGAGCCUUGAUGUGCCCCCGGGUGGAGACAGGCCUCACUGUCACGUGCCCCUGCCACACAGCCCAGUGCAGAGCCCACGUGUGGAUGUGCGGCCCCCUCAACCCCUGCAAGCCUUUGCUUGUCAGGCUGCUCCAGCCAUGGAACAAUUCCUCCCGUCAUGUUUGCUUUUCCUCUUCCUUAUUUUUUGUUGUAGAAACCGGAUGGUAUUUUUAUCGUUCUGCAGAGAUGUCCAGAAGCCAUGUAUAUAAUGAUUUUUAAACAGAACUUUAUUCCUAAAUGAACUUUAUAAUUCUCUUACACAGGGGUCUGCACCCCCUACCAGAGAAGGUGCCUGGUGAUGCCUUGUCAGCCCUGGGUCCUGGAGGAGCCGGCUCCAAGGAAGGGUUUUACUUUCCAGCUGGGCUGGAGGAGCCUGGGGCGGGAGAAAAGUGAUGCACUCUCCAAGCACCUUUGGUUCCAGUUUAGCUACAGCCAGAUAGCACUGUCUUCCAAGUGAACUGGGCCCCCACAAGGUCCUGGGGACUUCAGGGACUCAAAAGAUAUGGUGGCCCUGGCUUCAUCAUCUAGUUCCUUUUCUACCCAACCUAUCAAGGAGAGGGUAAGGCCCAUCGCCUUAUGGAUUCCCCAUCUGCUACUCAGGGCGUGGGUCUCUAGCUCUUUGACAGCCCCAUCCUUUUUCUUGUUCUCUGGCUUCCCAGCCCCCAGGCUGCAGGUCUCUGGCUCAGUACAAACUGAACAGUCAACCUUUCAUCGUCCCGUUCACUUCGAUUUUGCUGUUGCUGCCGUCUGCCCCCCGGCCUCCCCACAUCCAUUCUUUUCCUCAUCUUCCAUCCUUGUCUCUUUUCCUGCAGCCGGGCAUCUUGUGGGGCUCAGGCCCUUACCCCCAGUACUGUAGACCUCUGUCUGCCUCCCACAAGCCUGCCUGUGUCCGGCCCACAGUUUUGACGUUGCUCUUUUGGAAUCCUGACUCCUGACCCAGAAUCAGCAAGCUCCAGGUCUUACUCCAGGACUGCUGUUCCACCGUCAUCCUUCAGUUCCUCUCCAAAGCAAAGCCAUUUGUCUGUCAGAGAUUUUGCAGGGAUCCCCCUGCCCCAUCUGCUUUCACCACCCACACAGGCACUAUCGGGAUACUCUAGGAGGGCAACAGGUGCAGGAUCCUUCUGAUGAGAGAUCCAGCCAAAAACUGCCUCUAGGGAUGGAUCAUGAAGGCUCUGGCUAGGCUCUCUAGGGAGCAGGAGUUGGACCUCCAAGGAGCCAGUAGGUCGGCUCCCUUCUACACACCCCAAGGCUAUCUGAUUAACUUCAUCAAACUCAGCACUUCUUUGAGGCAGAACCACCUGGAACAUCUGGGAAAGGCUGGCUGCAGGCCCCCAGCAGCCAAGACUCGAGCCUAGGGCCACAGCUGUUCUUGCUGCCCUGGAACUUUUCCACAAGGACACUUUCUGGCCAUUGCCCCCCAUAGCAGCCCUGCCUUUGAUGCUCUUACGUCCUGGUAUUUUAUGGGCAGAGAGAUGCUAUCAAUUGGCCCCAUUUCUUGCCAUCUUGAACACUGUCUCCCCCAAUUCUCCCUUCCUGAAAAGACCUGCCUAAAGUUUCCCUGCUGCAACCUGCCCUUCCCUCGUUUGGGGGUGAGGGUGCAAGUUUGAAGCUAAGCUUUGUCAUCAAUAUGUGAGGGGUCUGGUCAACAACUUGCCCGAGGCCUGCAGGAUGUUUCUAGAUGGAUCGUUGGUUUGUGGUCCCGUUCUUGGGGAGCUGGGGAUGGCAAAGAAGCUCCAGAUGAGAACCCCAGGAAGCCUGGGGCCUCAUGAGCAGUCCCCCGCGUUUCCCACAGUGCACUGGCUCCAGAAGAGCAGCAGGCUUCAGCCAGCUCUGGCCAGGCCUCCUUUCCCUUGGGCUCUGGUUUCGUCUAGAGGUAUCUCAGGGAGGAGGGUCUCCAUUCAACUGCUGGCUGGAAAGAAGGGAUGUUAGGACAUGUUCUGAUGCUUGGCAAAGGGUUGCUUCUUUUCCUCCCUGCAGCCCUUGACAUGUCAUGAUUAGGACACCCUUCUCCCUCUGUCUACCUUUUGGCGGCUUCCUCCAGGCUUUCCGUGUCCUGCUCUGACCCUUUCUGUCCCUAGUGCUAGAGCUUCUGAGAAGGGGUGCCUCCUGUGCUGCAUGCCUGCUACCUAAAGCUACCGGUCUGUUGUGGACUACAAGAGGGUGGUGAUGCCACCUGCCAUUCUGUAGUGACAGGGAGGUUCCUGCAGGGUCUCACACCGGCCAGGGAGCCGGUACUCUUCCUCUUCCAGAGAUUGGGGAGGUCUUGGGACAGUGCUACAGGGCUUGAACAUUUGAAACCAGACCCUAGGUCUAGGACUAGAUCUUGAGAUUGAGUUGAGAGCAAGGAGAAAACGAUGAAGGUUGGUGCCCCCGUGGGGCAAACCAGCAGAGAACUCCUGGAACUGUAUUUUUUUACUUGGUCUUCCCUCUCUAGCCCCCAAGCCCUCAGUACCAGGUAAGGUACCUGGGUCCCUGUUACAAGUCAGGAGCCCUGUAGAGAGACCCCCUCCUUUUGUAUAAAUACCCGAAUGCUGCAAUAAGCAGACUUUUGUAAAUUUUUAUAUUAGUUUUUAAUGUCAGUGGCGACUCGGUUCCUGCGGCUGCAGCUAGCUCAGGACUUUUGUAAGAAUUGUGAGUGACUCACUUAGAGGUUGUUCCUCCAUGUCCCCUCUUCCUCUGUAUAAUCUAAGUGCAUUAAACAUACCUGCAGAA